AUGAUAGUCCCUUUACUGAACCUUCUCCUUACUUCGAGCUCUUUCAUACGUCCUCUGCUUGCUCAGGCUUCGUCGGCCUCAGUUUCCCUUGCCGCUACUGCUACCUCGUCCUCCCCUUUCACUUUGCAUACGUUGAGCGCGGAGAACAUCACUGCGACCUUCAUUCCAUACGGAGCGCGUCUCACGUCUUUACUGGUACCCGAUAGGUCCGGAGCAGACCAAGAUAUUGCUGUAGGCUACGAUGAUCCAGCUCAAUACGCUGUAGAUUCAGCGACCAACCAUACGUACUUCGGGACUAUCGUCGGGCGCUAUGGCAACCGCAUCAGGAAUGGCACCUUUGCGCUUGAUGGGGAGACGUUCGACAUUCCAACGAACGAGCACGAUGGAGCAAAUACCCUCCAUGGAGGCCUCAUAGGCUACGACCAGCGCAAUUGGACCGUGACAUCGCAGUCGGACACCAGCAUCACGUUUACUCUUCUGGAUAGUGCCUUUGAAGGAUUUCCGGGUUCUGUCAUCACACAUGCAACCUACACAGUCAGCUCGGCGGUUUCAGGCGCACUUGGAGAAAGAAACCCUCGCCUGACCGUGACAACUGUGUCCGUUGCACUAGACGAGGCCACACCCAUUAUGCUUGUUCCCCAUUUCUACUGGAACCUGGGCGCUUUCACCACGCCGACGAUCUUAGACGACCAAACCUUGUGGAUGCCAUACUCGGACCGGUACGUUGAGGUUGACAGCAUUCUGGUUCCGACAGGCGCGUUAGGUACCGUUGCUGCAAGGUCAGUACUCGACUUCACUUCACCAAAGACAGUCGGCCGAGACCUAGCAAGCGCCCCCGGCCUCUGCGGCGAGGGCUGCACCGGCUACGACAACACAUUCAUCCUCGAUCGUCCUCGGGGCACCGGUGCUGAGGCCGCAAGCUUUCCCAUACUAUCGUUGUGGUCAAUGACAACUGGAAUCAGGAUGGACGUGUCCACCAACCAGCAAGGUCUACAGAUCUAUAGCUGCAACGGCCAGAACGGGACUAUCCCUGUCAAGCAAAGUCAAGUGCAGAGGAAUACGCAUGUUUAUGGAGGGGGCACGAAGUUUGUGGAGCGGCAUGGCUGUCUGGUCGUGGAAACCCAGGGCUGGAUCGAUGCCAUUAAUCAUCCCGAAUGGGGGAAUAGCGAAUACUGGAUCUACUCGCCGGAGACUGGACCUGCUGUCAAUUAUGCAACCUAUGAUUUCUCCGUCAUCUGA